GAAGACAACCACUAGGGAAAAGGAAGUUUAGUUUCCGAGUUAGCAACAUGUAAAUACAGGAUUAGUGGGUGGGAUUCAGGUGUGCUUCGGUGCAUAAAUAGAGAUCGGCUUCAGGGACACACACUGAAGCUUGGACUGCUUCCUGGCUGGCUCACGUAAGGCAGGUGAGUAGAGAAAUCCAGAUCAGAUUUGCUAUGGAGAAGAUUUCAGUAUCAGCAUUCUUGCUCCUUGUGGCUGUCUCCUAUACCCUGGCCAAAGAUACUACAGUAAAACCUGGAGCUAAAAAGGACACAAAGGACCCUCAUCUCAAAUUACCCCAGACUCUCUCCAGAGGUUGGGGUGAUCAACUCAUCUGGACUCAGACAUACGAAGAAGCUUUAUACAAAUCCAAAACAAGCAACAAACCUUUGAUGAUUAUUCAUCACUUGGAUGAAUGCCCACACAGCCAAGCUUUAAAGAAAGCAUUUGCUGAAAACAAAGAAAUCCAGAAAUUGGCAGAGCAGUUUAUCCUCCUCAAUCUAAUUUAUGAAACAAUUGACAAGCACCUUUCACCAGACGGCCAGUAUGUACCCAGGAUUAUGUUUGUUGACCCGUCCCUGACAGUUAGAGCAGACAUCACUGGGAGAUAUUCAAAUCGACUCUAUGCUUAUGAACCUUCAGAUACAGCUCUACUUUACGACAACAUGAAGAAAGCACUCAAAUUGCUGAAGACUGAAUUGUAAAGAAAAAUAAAAUCUGCAAAAACUUCCCUCUGUGUUAGGCCUUGAGAUUUGGAAAUCAGAGGAGAUCUUAGAAGACUUUGGAGAAUACAGAAGCACUGAUCUACAUUCUGCUUAGAUUAUGCCUUAAUGUUAUGAUAGCUUUUUUUUUCAUUUGGUUACAAAUAUACCUGUAUGAAAACAAUAUUGUAUACUGCCAUAGUGACCCAUGAUUUUUUAAAAAAUAAAUCCUUUUGGGAAAGUUCAAACUGAA